CCUGGAGGAGCGCAGCGCAGCUUCAAAGAUGACACAUUUAAGCAAAUAUUUCGUACAUAUGCGAUGACCACUGUGAAACAAUAAGAGAUAUCCUGUAAGAAGACAAGUGCGGAGAGCAGGCGGUAGCGGGUGGGAGCACCUCCGGUCCCUCUCCGCAGCUGGACCGGUCCCCUGUGUGCUGGUUAGCCGGUUAGCUCCCGAGGUAAACACGGGCCGGUGCAGCAGCUGAGCUGCUAGAGCUGCUAGAGCUGCUAAGAUGGCCACCAUGGAGAAGCUGAUGAAGGCCUUCGAGUCUCUGAAGAACUUCCAGCAGCAGCAGGGGCCGCCCACGGCAGAGGAGCUCGUUCACAGACAAAAAAAGGAGCAAGCUACAACAAAAAAGGACAGGGUGACCCACUGCUUGACGAUAUGUGAAAAUAUUGUGGCUCAGUCAUUGAGAACAUCUCCAGAGUUCCAGAAAUUGCUUGGCAUCGCCAUGGAGAUGUUCCUUCUCUGCAGUGAUGACAGCGAGUCAGAUGUCCGGAUGGUUGCUGAUGAGUGCCUGAACAAAAUUAUUAAAGCACUGAUGGAAUCAAACUUGCCUAGACUGCAGCUGGAACUGUACAAAGAAAUAAAAAAGAAUGGCGCCUCUCGGAGUCUCAGGGCAGCUUUGUGGAGGUUUGCUGAGCUUGCCCACCUCAUCCGACCGCAGAAAUGCAGACCGUACCUGGUCAACCUCCUACCAUGCCUCACCAGAAUAGCGAAGCGGCAGGAGGAGUCGGUGCAGGAGACGCUGGCUGCAGCAAUGCCUAAGAUGAUGGCAGCCUUGGGACACUUUGCUAAUGAUGGAGAGGUCAAGGUGCUGCUUAAGUCCUUUAUCGCCAACCUGAAGUCUUGCUCCCCCACGAUCAGACGGACGGCAGCCAGCUCCGUUGUCGCCGUGUGCCAACACUCCAGACGCACCAGCUACUUCUUCACAUGGCUUCUCAAUGUGCUGCUGGGUCUGUUGUUUCCAGUAGACGAGGAACAUGCCAGUCACCUCAUCCUGGGGGUGCUGUUGAGUCUCCGCUACCUGAUGCCCCUGCUGCAACAGCAGGUCAACACCACCAGCCUCAAAGGGAGCUUUGGAGUCAUGAGGAAGGAGGCUGAUGUCCAGCCAACACCUGAACAAUUGCUUCAGGUGUAUGAGCUGACCCUGCAGUACACCCAGCACUGGGAUCAUAACGUGGUCACUGCUGCUCUGGAGCUCCUGCAGCAGAUGUUCAGGACUCCUCCUCCAGAGCUGCUGCACAUGCUCAUUACAGCCAACAGCAUUCCACACUCCACCGUGUUCCGCCAGGACGCCGAGAGCCGUGCACGUUCUGGCAGCAUCCUGGAGCUCAUCGCAGGGGGAGGGUCUUCCUGCAGUCCACUCCUCCUCAGGAAACAGAGAGGUAAAAUUAUUUCUGGGGAGGAGGAUGGGUUGGAAGAUGACACUGAGAGAGCAGAGGUCGCUGCUGGAGCCUUCACAGAUGGUUCCUCUGCCUCCCAGGUGGACAUCAUCACUGAACAGCCACGCUCCUCCCAACACACUCUGCAACCCGGGGACUCCGUGGACCUCAGUGCCUCCUCAGAGCAGGGCGGGGGAGGGGGGACGUCUACGUCUGGCACCCCAGAAUCGCCCAAUGACAAUGACGAGGAGAUGCUGAGUCCGAGCUCCAGUGGCGGGGCCAACGUUACCACGGAGACAGCUGAGGAUGCCCCAUCAGAAACCCCCGCUCCUGAAGGAGAAGGCAGCACGCUGCUCGGGACUACCGACCGCUCGCUGCCCCCCAGCGACUCUUCUCAGACCACGACGGAGGGACCAGACUCGGCGGUGACGCCGUCAGACGUAGCAGAACUGGUCCUUGAUGGUAGUGAAAGUCAGUACUCUGGGAUGCAGAUUGGAACACUACAGGAUGAAGAAGAGGAAGGAGCGGGCUCUUCCUCCCUAGAAGAACCUGCAGAACCGAUCCUUCUCUCAGCACUGGCUCUGAGCAAGCCUCACCUGUUUGAGAGCCGAGGUCACAACCGCCAGGGUUCAGACAGCAGCGUGGACCGUUUCAUCCCCAAGGAGGAGCCAAAUGAACCAGAACCAGACGAUAAUAAGGCACCACGUAUAAAAGGUCCAAUUGGACACUAUACAGACCAGGGCGUUGAGCCACUGGUGCACUGUGUACGACUUCUGGCUGCUUCCUUUCUGCUGACGGGACAAAAGAAUGGUUUGAUCCCUGACAAAGAGGUGCGGGUGAGUGUGAAAGCCUUGGCGGUGAGCUGUGUUGGAGCAGCAGCGGCGCUGCACCCUGAAGCUUUCUUUAACUCUCUCUACUUGGAGCCGCUGGAUGGCGUUACAGUAGAAGAGCAGCAAUAUGUUAGCGACGUGUUGGGCUUUAUUGACCACGAGGAUCCCCAGAUCAGAGGAGCCACGGCCAUCCUCUGUGGAGCCAUCCUACAGGCUGCCCUCACUAAAACACGUUACAACAUGCACAGCUGGCUGGCCAGUGUGCAGAAAGCAACAGGUAACUCGCUGUCCUUGAUUGAUUUGGUGCCUUUACUACAAAAAACUCUGAAAGAUGAAUCCUCCGUCACCUGCAAGAUGGCCUGCUCUGCAGUGAGGCACUGCAUCAUGACGCUGUGCAGCAGCACCCUGAGCGAGCUGGGCCUGCAGUUGGUGAUCGACCUCGUCGCUCAGAGAGAUUCCUCCUACUGGCUCGUUCGCACCGAGGUCUUGGAAACCAUGGCUGAAUUAGACUUCAGAUUAGUCAAUUUCUUGGAAAGGAAAACAGAAACUUUACACAAAGGAGAUCAUCACUACACUCGGAGGCUGCAGCUGCAGGACAGGGUGUUGCAUGACGUGGUGAUCACUCUGUUGGGAGACGACGAUCCGAGAGUGCGGCAUGUGGCUGCCUCCACCGUCAGCAGACUAGUUCCACGGUUGUUUUAUGAGUGUGACCAAGGUCAGGUGGACCCAGUAGUGGCGAUCGCCCGGGACCAGAGUUCAGUUUAUCUACAGCUGCUUAUGCACGAGACACUACCUCCUUCCCAAUUCACAGUGAGCACAAUCACAAGGACGUACCGAGGCUACAACCUCUCCAGCGCUGCGUCUGACAUCACAGUGGAGAACAACCUGUCCAGAGUUGUAACUGCCAUCUCCCAUGCGUUCACAUCAUCUUCCUCCAGAGCACUAACUUUUGGCUGUUGUGAAGCCAUGUGUCUCUUGGCCUCAAAUUUUCCAGUGAGCACCUGGAGCACGGGCUGGCACUGCGGCUACGUCAGCACCAGCAGCAGUUUCUCAUCUCGUUCUAGUCUAAAUCGCAGCAGAUGCAGGACCUUCAGUUUGUCCCAGCCCAGCAGUGCUCCAGCCUCGUCGUCAGCCUCUUCCACGGCCUCCUCGUCUGCCCCGGACCCCGAGCGGAGGACUCUGGCCGUGGGCACGGCCAACAUGGUGCUGUCCCUGCUGUCUUCUGCCUGGUUCCCCCUGGAUCUCGCUGCACAUCAAGAUGCACUUUUGCUUUCUGGCAAUCUUCUAGCUGCGGUGGCUCAUAAAUGCUUGCGCAACCCCUGGGCCGGAGAGGAAGAAGGCAGCAGUGGGAACACGAGUGGAGGCCCAAAUAAACUGGAGGAACCCUGGGUUGCUCUGUCAGAGCGCCCCCUGGUGGCCAUGGUGGAGCAGCUGUUCUCUCAUCUGCUCAAGGUCCUCAACAUCUGUGCCCACGUGCUUGAUGACACGCCACCAGGACCAGUCGUCAAGGCUGCUCUUCCCUCCCUCAGCAAUACUCCCUCCCUCAGUCCGAUCCGCCGGAAAGGAAAGGAGAAAGAGGCAGCUGAGCCCAGCGCAGCUCCUAUGAGUCCCAAGAAAAACAGUGAAGUGAACUCAGGCAGGCCAGCAGAAAGCACCGGGUCAACAAUAGUGAACAAAUCUACCACUCUUGGAAGCUUCUACCACCUGCCUCCCUAUCUCAAGCUCUAUGAUGUUCUUAAGGCGACUCACGCCAACUACAAGGUGACAUUGGAUCUCCACAGUAACCAAGAGAAGUUUGGAGGUUUCCUGCGUGCCACUUUAGAUGUUUUGUCUCAGCUGCUGGAGUUGGCGACACUGCAUGACAUUGGGAAGUGUGUGGAGGAAAUUUUGGGAUACUUGAAGUCCUGCUUCUCCAGAGAACCAACCAUGGCUACAGUUUGUGUACAGCAGUUGUUGAAGACCCUGUUUGGGACCAACCUGGCUUCUCAAUACGACGGUGUCCUAAGUGGACCGAGCCGCACCCAGGGCAAAGCUCUCCGCCUGGGCUCUUCCAGUCUGCGGCCGGGCCUCUACCACUACUGCUUCAUGGCUCCGUAUACACACUUCACUCAGGCUCUGGCUGACGCCAGUCUCCGGAACAUGGUGCAGGCUGAACAGGAGCAGGAUACCUCCGGAUGGUUUGAUGUGAUGCAAAAAGCAUCUAAUCAGUUGAGGUCCAACAUUGCAAAUGCCACACGUCACAGAGGAGACAAGAAUGCCAUACACAACCACAUCCGCCUGUUUGAGCCCCUGGUGAUCAAGGCGUUGAAGCAGUACACUACGAGCACCUCUGUGGCCCUGCAGAAACAAGUGCUGGACCUGCUCGCCCAGCUCGUGCAGCUCAGAGUCAAUUACUGCCUUCUGGACUCAGAUCAGGUGUUCAUUGGCUUUGUGCUGAAGCAGUUUGAGUACAUUGAAGUGGGACAAUUCAGAGAUUCUGAGGCCAUCAUUCCCAACAUCUUUUUUUUCCUGGUACUACUCUCUUAUGAGCGCUAUCACUCAAAGCAAAUCAUCAGCAUCCCCAAGAUCAUCCAGCUCUGUGAUGGCAUCAUGGCAAGUGGCAGGAAAGCUGUCACACACGCUAUCCCAGCCUUGCAGCCAAUUGUUCAUGAUCUGUUCGUAUUGAGGGGUUCAAACAAAGCAGAUGCAGGGAAAGAGCUGGACACGCAGAAAGAAGUGGUCAUCUCCAUGCUGCUGCGGCUGGUGCAGCACCAUCAGGUGUUGGAGAUGUUCAUCCUCGUAUUGCAGCAGUGUCACAAAGAGAAUGAGGACAAGUGGAAGAGGUUGUCCAGACAGAUUGCUGAUGUCAUACUUCCUAUGAUUGCCAAGCAACAGAUGCACCUGGACUCUCCAGAGGCCUUGGGAGUGCUGAACACUCUGUUUGAGACUGUGGCGCCUUCCUCUCUAAGACCUGUAGACAUGCUGCUUAAAAGCAUGUUCACCAUCCCUGCCACCAUGGCAUCUGUUGCUACGGUGCAGCUGUGGGUGUCUGGUAUCCUGGCAGUGAUCAGGGUCCUCGUCUCUCAGUCCACCGAGGACAUUGUGCUGUCUCGGGUCCAUGAGCUGUCCCUCUCCCCUCACCUCCUUUCCUGCCACACAAUCCGUCAUUUACAUCAGCAGAGCCCCACCGACAAGGACCUGUCGUUCUGUAACCAGGACAGUAAUGGCGAGACACAAAAGGUUCCACCUGAAGAAACAUUUGCCAGGUUCCUCCUGCAACUUGUAGGUGUGUUGCUUGAUGAUAUAUCCAGCAGACGGGUUAAAGUGGACAUUACUGAGCAGCAGCACACCUUCUACUGCCAGCAGCUGGGCACGUUGCUCAUGUGUCUCAUACAUGUCUUCAAAAGUGGGAUGUUUCGUAGGAUCACUGCUGCAGCCAGCCGACUCCUGAAGGCAGAAACUAGUGGUGUACAGCCGUCCGCUGAGGCCGGUCCCUUCUACCCCUUAGAAGGAAUAAACAACAAGGUUCAGUGCCUCAUCACCACUCACCCAUCCCUGGUGCUGCUCUGGUGCCAGGUCCUGCUCAUCAUCAACUACACCAACUACUCCUGGUGGAGCGAGGUUCAUCACACACCCAGAGGACACAGCCUUUCAUCCACAAAGCUGCUGAGUCCUCAUUCUUCUGGAGACUGUGAAGAAGACGAGCCUGAGUUCCACUCAGCAGUGAUCAACAGAGAGAUCGUACGCAGGGGAGCCCUGAUUCUCUUCUGUGACUACGUGUGUCAAAACCUCCAUGACUCGGAGCAUCUGACAUGGCUGAUUGUCAACCAUGUGCGGGACCUCAUCAACCUUUCCCAUGAGCCUCCAGUGCAGGAUUUCAUCAGCGCCGUCCAUCGCAACUCAGCUGCCAGUGGCCUUUUCAUUCAAGCCAUCCAGUCCCGUUGUGACAACCUAACUACUCCCACCAUGUUAAAGAAAACGUUGCAGUGUUUGGAAGGCAUCCACCUGACUCAGUCUGGAUCUUUGCUGAUGCUUUACGUGGACAAGCUGCUCAGCACACCCUUCAGGGUUCUGGCCCGUAUGGUAGACACCUUGGCCUGUCGCAGAGUGGAGAUGUUGCUGGCUGAGACACUACAGAACAGCGUGGCCCAGCUCCCUGUGGAGGAACUGGAGAGGAUCCAGGAAUACCUGCAGACCAGCGGCCUGGCUCAGAGGCAUCAGAGGUUCUACUCCCUGCUGGACCGGUUCAGAGCAACUGUUGCCGACACCAGUAGCCCCGCCCCCCCAGUGACAUCACACCCGUUAGACGGAGAGACACCCCCCGCCCCUGAACUGGUCACUGCAGAUAAGGAAUGGUACGUGGCUCUUGUGAAGUCUCAGUGCUGUCUUCGGGGAGACGCUUCUCUGUUGGAAACUACAGAACUUCUCACCAAGCUGCCCUCUGUUGAUCUCUUCAAUGUUAUGAACUGCAAGGAUUUCAGCCUGAACCUGUUGUGUCCCUGCCUGAGUGUGGGAGUGCAGAGGUUAGCACGGGGUCAGGGUUCUCUGCUGUUGGAGACGGCCCUGCACGUCACCCUGGACCAACUCAGAGGGGUCACCGGCUCCCUCCCUGCUCCACACCAGCCCUUCCUGCCCCCAACUCAACACCAGCCCUACUGGGACCAGCUGGGGGACGUGUAUGAUGAGCCUGGAUUCUACCCCAAGGUUUUGUCACUGUGCAGAGCACUGUCCCAGUAUUUGUUGAAUGUGAACCAGCUCCCCUCAUCACUACAUAUUACCCCAAACAUGGAGCACCUCAUCACCACUUUCACCUGCACUGCAACUGAGGUUUUAGUGUGGCACCUCCUCCAGGACCGGUUGCCCAUGAGUGUGGACCUGCAGUGGGCUCUGUCCUGUCUGUGUCUGGCCCUGCAGCAGCCGUGUGUCUGGAACAAGCUGUCCACCCCGGAGUACAGGACACACACUUGCUCCGUCAUCUUCUGCCUCCGCCUCAUUAUUUUUGCAGUGGCUGUGAGUCCUGGAGACCAACUACUGCAUCUUGAGAAGAAAGAUUCACGAGGGAAAAGAGGUGUUGAAGGCGACCAGAUGGAUUCAGGACGUGCAAACAACCUGCGUGAGUGGCAGGCAUGUGAAAUCAUGGCCGAGCUGGUGGAAGGUCUGCAGAGCAUCUUUUCCCUGGGUCACCCAAGAAACCGUGCAUUCCCAGCUUUUCUCACUCCAACAUUGCGCAACAUCAUUAUCAGUCUCUCCCGGCUCCCACUGGUCAAUAGCUACACCAGAGUACCUCCACUGGUCUGGAAACUGGGCUGGUCCCCUCAGCCAGGAGGAGAGUUUGGCACAACCCUGCCUGAGAUCCCUGUGGACUUCCUGCAGGAGAAGGAUGUGUUUAAAGAGUUUCUGUAUUGCAUAAACACACUGGGCUGGAGUAGUAGGACUCAGUUUGAGGAGACCUGGGCCACUCUGCUGGGGGUGCUGGUAACGCAGCCCAUCACUAUGGACCAGGAAGAGGAGACUCAACAAGAGGAAGACUUGGAACGUACCCAGUUGAAUGUGUUGGCAGUGCAGGCCAUCACCAGCCUGGUGCUGAGUGCCAUGACGUUGCCCACUGCUGGCAAUCCUGCGGUCAGCUGUCUGGAGCAGCAGCCUCGCAGCAAGAGUCUCAAAGCUCUGGAAACGCGGUUUGGAAGGAAACUCUGUGUGAUAAGAGGUGAGGUGGAGAGGGAGAUCCAGGCUCUUGUGUCAAAGAAGGACAAUGUCCAUACACACCACCCCUACCAUGCAUGGGACCCUGUCCCCUCACUGGCAGCCGCCUCUGCAGCAGGCACGCUAAUCAGCCAUGAGAAACUUCUACUUCAAAUUAACACAGAGAGGGAGUUGGGCAACAUGGAAUACAAACUGGGGCAGGUCUCCAUUCAUUCAGUAUGGUUGGGUAACAACAUCACUCCACUGAGGGAGGAAGAAUGGGGUGAUGAUGAAGAAGAUGAAACAGACACUCCAGUGCCUGCCUCCCCGCCUACGUCUCCUAUAAACUCUAGGAAGCACCGUGCAGGUGUGGAUAUUCAUUCGUGUUCCCAGUUCCUCCUGGAGCUCUACAGCCAGUGGCUGAUCCCCGGCUCCCCGGGGAGCAGGCGGAUUCCCACCAUCCUCAUCAGUGAAGUGGUUCGAUCGCUGCUGGCAGUGUCGGACCUUUUCACAGAGAGAAAUCAGUUUGACAUGAUGUUCUCCACCCUGAUGGAACUACAGAAACUUCACCCACCAGAGGAUGAGAUCCUGAACCAGUACUUGGUGCCUGCCAUCUGCAAAGCUGCGGCCGUGUUGGGCAUGGACAAAGUCGUAGCUGAGCCUGUGUGUCGCCUGUUGGAGGUGACCCUGCGCAGCACCCACCUGCCCAGCCGCAUGGGGGCCCUUCAUGGGGUACUGUACGUGUUGGAGUGUGAUCUGCUCGACGAAACGGUCAAACAACUGGUCCCUGCAGUUUCAGAGUACCUUUUGUCAAAUCUCAAGGCCAUUGCUCACUGUGUGAACCUGCACAACCAGCAGCAUGUGUUGGUGAUGUGUGCAGUUUCCUUCUACAUGAUGGAGAACUACCCUUUGGAUGUAGGGGCUGAAUUUAUGGCUGGAGUCAUUCAGCUGUGUGGCGUGAUGGUGUCGGCCAGCGAGGACUGUACUCCCUCCAUGGUUUACCACUGCGUGCUGCGUGGACUGGAGCGCCUCCUGCUGUCGGAGCAGUUGUCCCGCGUGGACGGAGAAGCUCUGGUCAAACUCAGCGUGGACCGAGUGAACAUGCCCUCGCCACACCGAGCCAUGGCUGCCCUGGGGCUCAUGCUCACCUGCAUGUACACCGCGGUGCUUGCAUCGGUUUCAGGGGCAACAGGGUUUAGAGGUCAGGUUGACUGUGACCCUGCUGCACUGGAGCCUCAGGGCAUCACGGCAGGUCAUGUUGGUUUCUCUUCAGGCAAGGAGAAAGCCAGCCCUGCCGGCCGCCCCACCUACUCAGACCCGCAGGCCCCCGACAGCGAGUCCAUCAUCGUUGCCAUGGAGAGGGUCUCUGUGCUCUUUGACAGGAUCCGGAAGGGUUUACCCAGCGAAGCUCGGGUCGUGGCCAGGAUCCUGCCCCAGUUUCUGGAUGAUUUUUUCCCAGCACAAGACAUUAUGAACAAGGUCAUUGGAGAGUUCCUGUCCAAUCAGCAACCUUACCCACAGUUCAUGGCCACCGUCGUCUACAAGGUUUUCCAGACUCUCCAUGCCACAGGCCAGUCUUCAAUGGUCCGUGAUUGGGUGCUCCUGUCUCUGUCCAACUUCACACAGAGGACACCGGUGGCAAUGGCCAUGUGGAGCCUUUCCUGUUUCUUUGUGUCUGCCUCCACCUCCCAGUGGAUUUCAGCCCUAUUGCCACAUGUCAUUAGCCGAAUGGGUUCCAGUGAAGCUGUGGACGUCAGCCUGUUCUGCCUGGUGGCCAUGGACUUCUACCGCCACCAGAUCGACGAGGAGCUGGACCGCAGGGCCUUCCAGUCCGUUUUUGAGACUGUGGCUACUCCAGGUAGCCCCUACUACCAGCUGCUUGGCUGUUUGCAUUCAGUCCACCAGGACACGUCUCUCUGAAGCCAGCGCCCUCAGACAGAUGCAGAGUGGCCGUCGGGGAGGAAACAUGGAGAGAAAAGUCAAUGAGUGCAUUGUUGUAGGAUGCAGAAUCGGAUAUCCAUGUAUACUUAGAAUGAGUUGUGAUGGAUGGAGAAAGCAGAAUGUUUAUUCAACAAAACUACUGUAGCCUCAUUUCUUUUUGUCUUUUUUGCUAAUAUGAAAUAAGUAGAACUACUAAACCUAUGAAAGUGAAUGAUGAGGAAGCUGAGUUUAGUCUUAGACUGCCGGUUAAAUGUAGGGCUGUGUUUCAGUGAGGGGAAUCCUCACCCUGAGACACGAAGAGGCACCUUCCCUUCAUUAGGAGGAAGUCAAAUACAAAUGUAUGUAUCUGUUUAUUUUUCCUGCGAAAACUUGCGUGAGUAUUGUGAUGUCAGUAAAGUGCAACAGAGAUAAUGAUUAACUAUAUUUAAAGGUUCAAUCCAUGUAUUUUUUUUGUGAGUUUGUCCAUCCGGUCAGGAUGCUGACGAUAGACUGACACGAAAUACCUGCUUAAUUUUUUUAUCUAUAUAUUUAAGUUACAUGUGGACAUUCAGAUACACAUUAAUAAAUUAAAAUCUUUGUAAGACCGACUACUAAUCACCGUGGCUUUUUUUUUCUUUUUUAAAGAGAGGAGGAUUUAUGUUUCAUUUGUUUCUUGAGAAAGUGCAACUUCAGCAAGUUACUGCACCUCUUCUGGAUAUGAUAUUUAGCAGCCAAAAAGUAAACGGGUAUAAGAUGAGCAAGAAAAGAAAAUUAUAAGAAGAAAAAAAAUCUUACAUAUUUACAGAUUUAGACUUUUAUUUUAAGUGUUUAAAAGCCUGUGUCUGUGCUUCAUUAGCAGUUGAAACCGUCAAUCGAGACAUUAAUUUCCUGUUAUGAUUUUAUGAAUCUGCGUAUAUUAGCUAACCCCUUUUAGUCAGUCUUUUAUGCUCCCAAUGCACCUGAAUAAUUCCAUCUCUUCAUUUAUUAUACUUUUUAUUCUCAGGACGCAAGACAUAAGUGUAUUAUUGUUGUAAGGCUGGAAGUAACCGUCUCAGUUGAAUUGAGCCACUUCAGUACCUAGUAAAAAUGGAUAUUGUACAGUAACAUAAAAGCCAUGGUGCAUGAUAAAAGAACUUUGUAAAGAUGAGAAACUAGAUAGUAAAAUAAUGUGUUGCCAUUUCCUUUUGUCCUAAUUCAAACACGAGUCGGUGCAAAAUCCGUGUGUUUGUAUUUGAGACUUGACUUUGAGCUGCCUAGGAGUGUGCUGGUCUUCAUCACCCUGUAAAUACACUUGCCUUAGACGAGACUGAAUAUGUAUGUCCUGUACACUGAAAGCUUGAAGCAUGCUUGCAUUACUAUUUUCAUGCAUUGCAAUGAAUACUGUAUUUCUGUGGAUAUUGUUGCCAUGACUUUUUUUGUAGAAGAAAUGAAACGCGAUCCAAAGGGAGCCUUGUGACCUUAGCAACCAACAGCAGCUUUGACAAAUCAACUGACAAGGAGGACAUGUAGCAAUGCCACAACACAGCAGGAGUUUUGUUUUUCAUGAGCUUUAAAUAUUGUUUUGUUUCUGUUUAAGAUGGACAAAUAUUGCAUCAUUGUCUUUGAAGAAUAUUAAAUACACACGGCACUUAAAAACUUGAAGUUC